CGUAAAUGUAACAGAAUCUCGCCAACUUAACAAUUCUCUCUCUUCUCUUCUGCAACAGAAACAAACAGGUUGAGGACUUCAGGGGUUCAAUGUAUCUUCAAUUGGUGAAAACGACGUUGACUUUCUCCCAGAGGAAAAAGAAAUGGCUUAUUUUGUUAGCUCUAUUUGGUGUCUCCAGUUAUGGGGCUUACAAGGUUUAUAAUUGGCCUUCUGUGGUGAAGAAAAGGAAGAGAUUGAUCAAACUCUUCGGAGCCUUUGUUUCUAUGGUUGACUUGGCCGCUGAUUCUGCGGAGAUGAUGAGUGUUGUCUCUAAAGAUUUAAAGGAGUUCUUGCAAUCUGAUUCUGACCAAAUUCCAAAUAGUUUAAAGCAAUUUGCUAAGAUUGCAAGAUCUGAGGAGUUUUCCCAGUCUGUAAUUAGGGUUUCUCAGGCCUUGACUGUGGGGAUUUUGCGAGGGUAUAAGAUAACAUCAACUGAUAAUGAAUCAAGGACUGCGUCGGUAAGUUCAAGUUUUAGUGAUGGGGUGAUGGACAAGAUUUUCUCUACCGCUGGCACUGGCUUUGUUUCGGUGGUGGUUGGUAGUUUUGCGAGGAACUUGGUUUUAGGGUUUUACUCACCUGGUGAAUCGACUAAUGGAUUGAGCUUAAAUGAUGGAGCUGGUGCCAUUCCCUGUGGAGAGGGUUCAUCAGAUGUGCCAGGAUGGGUAAAUGCGGUUUGCAAUGAAAAGUCUAAAGAACUUAUAGCUGAUUGCAUACAGAAGUUUGUGAGCACAGCUGUUGCUGUUUAUCUUGACAAGACAAUGGAUAUCAAUACUUAUGAUGAGAUUUUCACUGGGUUGACCAAUCCCAAGCAUCAGAACAAUGUGAGGGACAUUUUGGUUUCUGUUUGUAACGGUGCUGUGGAAACACUUGUGAAAACAUCUCACCAGGUUUUGACAAGUUCGAAAGGAAAUUUGAACUCAGGUUCUAGUUCUACAUGUUCCAUUAUUGAUCAAACGGACAGUCCUAGUGAAAUUAAGGACAAAUCUUUGGAGCAAGAAGCACCUUUGAAACAAAUGAAAGGGAGAAGCUCAUUUGAUGGGAUUCAAAGUAAUGGAUGGGUUGACAAGGUGUCAUCUACUUUAGCUGUGCCCAGCAAUAGGAAGUUUGUGCUUGAUGUGACUGGGAGAGUGACAUUUGAGGCUAUAAGAUCUAUUGUGGAGUUCUUAUUGUGGAAGCUAUCAGAUGGUUUGAAAAGAAGUCUUCAUUUAGUAAAAGAGGAGGUUGUAGAUAGGGGAUUGGAAGUUAUCAGAUAUGUUGGUGCAAAAUCUUCUGUCAUUGUGACCGUAUGUCUUGCUUUAUAUUUACAUGUCCUGGGUGGCACUAGGGUUCUCAUGCCUGCUUAAAUUAUCUUUUUCACAAAGCAAUUUACAUCAAGGAGAUAUGAAGAACACUUACUUUUGUAGCUUCCGUGGGAAAGGUCUGAAUUUCUCCUCUCUUAAUGGGGAAUGUACAAAGAUGCCGUGGUGCUUCAUUUUCAUGGUUGAUACUCCAGGAAUUAAUUAGCUUUCUCCUAAUUUUAUUUGUAUGAGUUGGUAGCUUUUUUAUUUGUAGAAUUUCCUUUUCCUUUAUAUAGAAGGAAAAAUUCAAAAUUUGACAGGAUAGUUAAGAUGUGUUUAAGAAAAUCAUACUCAAUAUUCUUAGUGAUAAUGAAAACAAUAAACAGAUGUAUAAAUUUGAUUUUAGUUGGUGAUGUCACUGGUUUGUAUCAAUUUGUUGAUCACAAUGAACAGAUACUAUCAAAUUAGAUUUUUUUUCUUUUC